GCCCACCUUCGACGGGGUGGGUUAUGCUAACUGUUUGAAGUUAGGAAUUUCUGCAGAGCGUGCGGGAGUCUAGACUACGUCUCUAUCAGGUUACCUUGCCAAAAAAAACAGGUAUCUAAUAUGACGUGGAUGCCCCUUAUCGAGGCGACUCUACUGCAAUUAUGGGGGCCUGAUGUUGCAGGCUUGCAGCGAGGAGAGCAUAGUGCAAUGGUGGGCGCGAUGGCCUGUAAAACUCAUGUCAUGGUGCUUUAUCGAAUUUUGUUUGAAUGUUGUAUACCCAUACUUUUAUAUAUAUGUCCGCCGCGGGCUUGGAGUUCUCAUUGCGAAUCAAUCCACCGGCAAAUAUGACAUAUAAUAACCGCUAUAUUUAGACAACAUAUGACAUUUAUUGAGAAG